AUGGAUCAAGAACAUAAUAAGCUGGAAUUAGGAGAUGAAGAAAAAUGGGUUUAUGAUUCUUCAGUUGAUUACAAAGGAAGAGUUCCCAUUAGAUCUUCAACUGGUGCUUUCAAGGCCGCACUUUUUAUCAUAGCAACUGAAUUCAGUGAGAGGUUGAGCUACUUUGGACUAUCAUCAAAUUUGAUCAUAUACCUAACAAAAGUGAUCAAACAAGACCUUACGACAGCAGCCAAAAGCGUCAACUAUUGGUCUGGCGUCACCACAUUGAUGCCCUUGCUCGGCGGCUUUCUAGCCGACGCUUAUUUCGGCCGAUUUUCUACUGUCUUAGCCUCGUCGAUCAUCUACCUCUUUGGGUUGCUGGCGUUGACAAUGUCGCGAGUGAUCCCGGGCCUGGAACCGUGUGGGCUCGGGCCCUGUCUGGAGCCCCGGAAAAUACACGUCAUUGUUUUUUUCCUAGCCAUGUACUUGAUCUCGAUCGGGACUGGUGGGCACAAGCCCUCGCUCGAGAGCUUUGGGGCCGACCAGUUUGACGACGACCACGCGGGGGAGCGGAAGAAGAAGAUGUCGUUUUUCAAUUGGUGGUGUUUUGGGCUUUGUUGCGGGCUCCUGCUAGGGGUGACCGUGAUCGUCUACGUUCAAGACCACAUUGGGUGGGCCACGGCUGAUGUUAUUUUGACGUCCGUUAUGGCAUUCACGGUCGUGAUAUUCUUGAUCGGGAGGCCGUAUUACCGGUUCCGGAGGCCCAACGGGAGUCCCCUGACUCCUCUGCUUCAGGUUUUGGUGGCGGCUUUCUUAAAGAGGAAUCUCGAGCACCCGUCUGAGCUCGAUAAGCUUCACGAGGUUCCGCGCUCGGGCAAGGACAACGGGAUGAGGUUUCUUGUCCACACGGAGAGGCUCAAGUAA